UUUCAGGUCUUUAAAAGCCGCAAGCGACCUACACACAAAAACCCACCUCCGCAUAUGUACUUGCUUUGCUUUGAUCUUUAGUUCAGGUGUGUGACUGAAAAAUGGCGGACGAGAUUGUUCUUCUGGAUUUCUGGGCCAGCAUGUUUGGGAUGAGGGUGAGGAUCGCGCUGGCUGAGAAGGGGAUCAAGUACCAGUACAAGGAGGAGGACCUGAGGAACAAGAGCGAGCUGCUUCUCAAGAUGAACCCGGUUCACAAGAAGAUCCCGGUUCUCAUCCACAACGGUAAACCGGUUUGUGAAUCCCUUAUCAUCGUUCAGUACAUUGACGAGGUGUGGAAGGACAGGUGUCCGUUGUUGCCCUCUGAUCCUUACCAGAGAGCUCAAGCCAGGUUCUGGGCUGAUUUUGUUGAUAAGAAGGUGUAUGAUGUUUCAAGGAGAGUAUGGACCACAAAAGGAGAAGAACAGAAGGCAGCAAAGAAAGAGUUCUUUGAAACCUUCAAGAUAUUGGAAGUAGAGCUCGGAGAGAAGGCUUUCUUUGGGGGUGAAAGUUUUGGGUUUGUGGACCUUUCUCUCAUCACUUUCUACAGCUGGUUUCAUGCUUAUGAGACAUUUGGCAACUUCAGCAUGGAGGCAGAGUGCCCCAAGAUUAUUACAUGGGCUAAAAGGUGCCUGCAAAGGGAGAGUGUUGCCAAGACUCUUCCUGACCAGAAGAAGGUUUUUGAGUUUAUCGUGGAGAUGACGAAGAGGCUUGGCGUGGAGUAGAGUCUACAAGUGUACGUGCGUUAUGUAAAAAGAGAACGUAUAUGGUGAAUAAGGACACUUCGUUGUGUCUGCCAAAUGUUGGGUGAAGUUCUGGCUUUCUACCAUUUGGAGUGUACUUAAGUUUUAGUGUACGCGUACGUGUAUGCAGGGGAAUGGAGUUUAUCUGCUUUUCUUUUUGUA